UUGACGUUAUGUUGACACGUUACUGUUUACGGGUCAUUGGAUGCGCAUCGCCUGAGAACCGUCAAAUGCAAAUUAAAAAGUUAACAGUUUCAUAGGUUUAUCCCCAACAAUUCAUUCAAGAUCUCGUGCCAUUUUAGUCGGCAACCGAAACAGCCCAAACAUGACUGAUUAUGCCAAAAAAUUCAUGUUAUUCCUUAUGGACGAAAAAUGUUACGAUAACUAUUUCGUAGAUUUCGACCUACUCGAUGGCGAUUGCUUCAGAGCGCUGCUAAGCAAAGGUCUCGGCCUGGGAAUCAUUGCUGGUUCGGUGCUGGUGAAAGUGCCACAGAUCACAAAAAUAUUGGCCAACAAAUCUGCCAAAGGUAUAAAUUUGUUCAGCGUAUGUCUGGAUCUGUUCGCCAUCACCAUCCACAUGGCGUACAGCUUCGUAAGCGGAUUCCCAUUCAGCGCCUGGGGUGAUACCUCGUUCCUAGCCCUGCAGACCGCAUUCAUCGCAUUUUUGGUGCUGGUCUACGGAGGAUCGAUACCCGGUGCAGUUGCAUUUGGAUGUGCUUAUUCGGCCGGCACCUACGCUCUGAUGGGUGGAAUGACUCCUUUGAACUACCUUCUGAUUGCUCAGGGUUUCAAUGUUCCGAUCUUACUGCUGGGAAAACUUUCUCAGGCGUAUACCAAUUACAAGAACGGUAGCACCGGUCAACUUUCGGCAGUCACCUGUUUUAUGCUAUUGGCCGGUUCACUAGCUCGUAUUUUCACCUCCAUUCAGGAAACCGGAGACCAAAUGAUGAUCAUUACCUACGGAUGUUCGUCGUUUGCCAAUGCAGUUAUCGUUCUUCAGCUCCUGUACUACUGGAAUGCCGACAAAGAGGCACGAAACAAAUCGGCGGAUGUGGCAAAAAAGUCCAACAAAACCAAAGCGAAGAAAGUUGACUAAACUCAUCGAUUAAUUACCAUGUAAAAUGGCUUAUAAAAAGACGAAAGUAAUAACUUCUAUUCCAUUUGAUUCGAUGUACAAACAGUUAUGUACCAGUUUACCUAGCGACUUCUGUUGAAUGGAUUUACAUUAGUUCCAUCACAGUUUAGAUGUUCAGAAAUAGCAAUUUUUGUAUCCGCUUUAGAAUGGGAGAUUUCAGCGACAACGGUGAAGUUCGAUUGUAGACGAGUAUACAUGUUCGAUUAAGUGUGGUGCCGUUGAGUGAAAAAAAAACUGUAAACAAUUUCUAAUAAACGGAUAAGUUGAAACCA